AAUCAGCGGGCGCGGUGACGUCUUCACGGGGAACGAUGCCUUCCUUCAUCGCGCGCGUCGCGCGUCGCGGCUUUCGGCGCGCCAUCGCGAUGUGUUUUUCUCCCCAGUGUUAUUUUUCCCGCGUCGUCUUCGCAUCCUAGGGUCUGUGGUACGAACCCUGAAUUGACGGUUUAAAUUUACGCUGGUUUUUCGCGCAGUUUUUUUUUUCGAAUUAAAUCUCGGUUCAAAACCCUCGAUACAAUACUCCUGCCAAAAAGCCAAUUUUCACGAACAGUAAAGUCCCCCCCGGUGCCCACUCUCGCGCCUUUAUAAUCGCGCGAUGCCGUCUUUCCGUCUCACGACCGCGCGCGAGCCCACCACUCCCCCCGAGAGUUAUCCCCUCGUGGAGAACCUCACGCCGGAAAAGUCCGCGCUCGUCGAACGUAUCCUCGCGAAGUCGCCGGACUUCGCGACGCGCAAGCGCAAGGAGCGCGACGUUCCGUUCCGCGUCACGGACGCCGCUCGAGUCACGCUCGAGAGAAACAAUUGCCCGCGAGCGGCGAUCGACGCGUGCGCGAGCAAAGAGGACGUCGAAAAGCUCUUCGACGACUACGUCUACGCGAUCACGGGUCCGCAAGCGGCUUUCCUCAAGGACUUCGGCAUCGACGUCUCCGAGGUGAAGACGCGCGACGUCGCGAGCGCGCUCAUCCGGAAGAUGAAGUACAAGCUUCCGGCGACAGAGAAGCAGAUGAGAGAACACGCGCGAAUCUACCGACGCGACAACAUCACCGGCGAGACACCCGUCGGACUCACGGAAGCCGCGGCGAGCUCCCUCAUCCACGACCUGAACAACAUGCUUCCAAUCACUGGGCUUCAGCGGGACAGCCUCAUGUUCAACGGUCUCCCCGACCACGAGAUCCCGGAGUCCUUCAACGCCGCGUCCGCGAUGCUCGCGCGAUUCGAGCGAAAGACCCCCGCGGACACGCAGCAGCGUCGCGUCGCGCAAGCGAUCCGACGAUCUGAGGGGGCAAUUAGUCUGACUGAUUGAUCUGUGCACACAGUCGAUCCGCCUGACUAAAAUACUCAUAGCAUUUUUGUAAUCACCAAAACAGUUCGCAUUAAGAUACACCUAUCCCAGCGUCGCGUCGCGCAAGCGAUCCGACGAUCUGAGGGGGCAAUUAGUCUGACUGAUUGAUCUGUGCACACAGUCGAUCCGCCUGACUAAAAUACUCAUAGCAUUUUUGUAAUCACCAAAACAGUUCGCAUUAAGAUACACCUAUCCCAGAUUUAUUAAUAAGUCGAUCCUUCACAACACUUGAGUACUAUUUAGUCAUCGAUCCAGAGUUGCCCCUCGCGAAAUUCGUAUGGGCAUUUCAGUCUGAUCAUCUAACGCGAGGUCCUCAAACCCAAAAGCACCGUCUACCAAAAAAAACCAAAACUAAGUCCCCCUCGCGAUGUUCUCGCGAUAUUCGUAUGGGCAUUUCAGUCAGAGAGGGGCCUUCCGGAGAUCAAAAAGAACCUCCCUCGCCUCGCGCUCCAUCGCUGCACUCUUCGAUCUCGCACGACUCGAAGUAACGAGGUUUUG